GCGGUUUUGGAUAUUUUGAUUUUGUUCCUCUAAUCGUUAACUGUAUCGUGAAUGUCAGAGAAAUUAAAAGUACUUUUAGUCGUUAUUUCGAAACCAGCCCUAUUUUUUCUGAACUGACAUUGACAUAUCAAACAAAAAGAAAACAAACAUCGGCAGCGGUAACAACAAAUACGCCUUAAAUACUUGAAAACAGUGUUUUAUCACUGAAAAUAUACUUAUCACAAGAUUACAACAAUGGAGAGACGGAAAGCAAGCCCGGAACAACUGAACAUGCUUUUACAUUUUCUGGAAGAAGACAAGGAAUUAGCGAUCGGAAAAUUUACGGGUCUUGAGGGGAGAAUCCGUCAGACGAAUGCAUGGAUUAAAAUUACUGAAAAACUUAACGCUAAUUCCGGUUUUGGUUCUGGUGCAAUCAAAACUCCAGACAAAUGGCAACAGACUUGGAGAGACUGGAAAUCAAAUGUAAAGAAAAAGGCUUUUAAAAUUAGGAAAAACAGAUUCACACCAGGUUGUAAUGCAAAUACACAAUUAACUGAAGCUGAGGAAAAGAUCCUGAGACUUAUUUGUACCAAUACUUCAGUGUUUGGGCUGUCAGGGGUUCCUGAAACAUCAGCUGUCUCUAAUGCUAUGGCUCCAACACAAAGUACAGGGUCUACUGAUGAAAUGUGUAAUGGUGAUCCAUCUACAAGUAACAUGAAGUGGCCUCCAGAAUCUCAGCAUUUCACUGCAGCUGACUUAGAGAUGAGUCUAGCUGAAGGAGUGGUCUCUGACCCUGAUGCUGGUAUGGGACCAAAUGAAGUCUCAUCUGCUCCAAUUACAGGCAAACCUUUAUGGAAAAGAGGAAGACCAGUUAGACUUGUACAUGACAGACUACUUAAUUUGGAAGAAGAAAGAAUAAGAAUCGAGAAACAAAAGCUGAUGGAAAAGAAAAGGUGUAACAAUAUAAGACUUAAAAUGGAAAAGGAUAGGCUGGAUAUUGAAAGGCAAAGAAACCUUUUACUAGAAAAACUUUUAGUAGCUGUAGAAGCUGUGGCGCAUCGAUAAUAAAUGGCCUUAACAGAAAAAAAUAUUUUUGUAUCAUUAGAAUUAGUGACAGCAAUAGCUAUUGUAUUAAGCCAUCAUCAAUUAGAUUAAGAUUGUGAUAUUAAAGAUUUAUACUAGUUUAAA